UGCAGAAUCUUGGGUCUCUGGCGAUGCGGGGUCGCUUGGCGCAGCUGUUGGCGCCUCUGCGAAUGGUCCCGCCGCGUUGUCCUCUCGGGGCGAGGGCCAAGGCUGUGGAUCCCACUGCUCUCUCCCCAGAGCUGGCUGAGGCUCCCAGAGCUGUAACCUCUACCGCGGGGCCUGGGGCCCGGCAGCUGCGCAGUCUGGACGAACUUCCAGGGCCUGGCCGGCUGCGCGUUCUUUUCCAACUGUUGGUGCAAGGCUACGUCUUGCACUUGCACGAGCAGCAGGUGAUGUUAAAGAACAAGUAUGGACCGAUGUGGAAGUCAACUUUUCUCCCUUAUACCAAUGUGUAUCUGGCCAGCGCAUCAUUGAUGGAGCAGCUGAUGAGGCAGGAGGGAAAAUACCCUUUACGCCACGAUAUGGCUCUGUGGAAGGAGCACCGUGACAGUCGAGGAUUUGCCUAUGGGCCCUUCACCACGGAAGGGGAAGAGUGGUACCAGCUUCGUCAGGCUCUGAAUUCACGGAUGCUGAAACCAUCUGAUGCUGCCCUAUAUACAGAUUCCCUGAAUGAAGUGGUAGGGGACCUGCUGGUUCAACUAGAAGAUAUUAAGGCCAAGAGCCUCUCAGGGGACCAGGUGUCUGAUGUUGCUAACUUCUUCUACUUUUUUGCCUUGGAAGCUAUUACAUACAUUCUAUUUGAGAAGAGAAUUGGAUGCCUGAAGCCACCCAUCCAACCAGAGAUGGAGACCUUUGUCAAGUCUGUGGGGCUCAUGUUCAAGAACUCUCUCUAUGUUACUUUCCUGCCCAAGUGGACCCGUUCCCUCUUUCCUUUUUGGAAUCGUUAUUUGGAAAACUGGGACAACAUCUUCGCUUUUGGGAAUAAAUUGAUUGAAGAGAAGCUCAAGGACAUAGCAGCAGAGCUACAGGAUGGGAAUUCUGACAAGAUCCGUGUGUCUGGUUACCUGCAUUUUCUGCUCUCCUCUGGAGAGCUCACUCCUGAUGAGGCUAUGGGCAGUUUGGCUGAACUCCUCAUGGCUGGAGUGGACACGACUUCCAACACAUUGACUUGGGCCCUUUACCACCUGGCUCAGGAUCCAGAGACCCAGGAAGCCCUGUACAAGGAGGUGGUGGGAGUUGUGCCUCCUGGGAAGAUACCUCAAUACAAGGACUUUGCUCACAUGCCCCUGCUCAAAGCAGUGCUUAAGGAAACUCUCCGCCUCUAUCCUGUUGUCCCCAUAAACUCAAGAGUCAACACAGAAAAGGAUGUCAUAGUGGGCGACUUUCUCUUCCCUAAGAAUACCCAGUUUGUAUUGUGUCACUAUGUAAUGUCCCGUGACCCAGACACCUUCCCAUCUCCCAAGAAGUUUCUGCCACGGCGAUGGCUACGGGGAAACCAGACUGGACCUGUGGGAGGCAACCAUGCCUUUGGCUCCUUACCCUUUGGCUAUGGGGUCCGAGCCUGUUUGGGCCGACGAAUUGCUGAGCUCGAGAUGUAUUUGGUGCUGUCGAGGCUGAUCCAGCAAUAUGAGGUAACCUUGUCUCCUGGGAUGAAGAAAGUAUACCCUUUGGCACGAGUUGUCUUGGUGCCGGACAAGCUGGUUAGCCUGAAUUUCCACAAGAGGAGCCCCUAAAUCAUGAGGCAUCCUCUCGCUCUUAACUAGCCAGAUUUCUUUCUCUGCCAGGAAGCAAGCCCAGUUCUUAGCUCCCACCCUGUGCCUUGCCAGUCCUAAUUGUAAUGGAGGAAAGAAAUCCCCUUGGACUCUUACCUAAAACACACAGGAUGAGCUCCAGGCAUCUCCUGAAGAUCUGGAAGAACCAAACUUGGGUUCUACCACCUUUGUUCUGUCUGUUCAGAUGUCCCUUCUUUGAUGUCCUUGGUACAUAGAAAUAUGCUUAAUAAACUGUCUGUAAGUGA